AUGGCUGAUACUGACGAGGCCAUCGAAAAUUCGAAGAUAGCAAUCCGCGCCAAUCCAACAAAUGUCAAAUGUUUAACAGAGCUUAGCAACCUUCUCAACGAUAGAUAUGUUAGCACUGGCAUCCUUGUGGAUCUCGAUACAUCUAUUCUUUUGACUAAGCAAGCUAUCGAUGCGAUAACAGAAGACAAUCCAGAUCUUGACGAUGCCAUUAAGAUGUCCCAAAAGGCGGUCGAAUUGACGGCUUCAGGCAACGCCAGAUACAUGAGUAAUCUGGCCGCAUCGUUGAAGACCAGGUUCUCUGUCACCGGGGAUCUAAAGGAUUUGGAAGAUGGUAUUGUCCUGGUAAAGCAGGCCGUUUCUGUAACGGCAAGCGAUGACCCGGAGCUACCCAAGUGGUUGAACAAUCUUGGAAAUCACCUUAGCAACAGGCACUUGAUUACAGGUUCUUUGGAAGAUUUAGAAGAAGCAAUCAGCUUAAGCAGACGCGCAGCUGCUUCAGUAUCAGAUGCAACAAUGCGAGCUCUCUUUUUGAACAAUUUGUCAGCGAAACUAGAUCUCAAGGCCGAGGCCAUUGGCAACACAAUCAACUACGACGAAGCGGUCGAAUUGGCAAAAGAGGCCAUCACACUGACGCCAGAAGGCCAUCCAGAUCAGGCAAAGUGGCUAAAUAAUCUCUCAACUCAUCUAUUAGAAAAGUUUGGCAGGUCGUGGGACUUGAACGACUUGCAGGAUGCUAUCAACGCCGCAAGUAGAGCAGCGGACCUGACGCCGAAUGGGCCUACGAAGGCGCUGUAUCUCGACUCGGUCGCAGAUGGCUUGAAUCGAAAGUACGACAAGAUGGGCUUAUUGGCAGAUCUUGAGGAAGCUAUUCGUAUGACUGAGAUGGCUCUUGAGAUGCUUCCGAGCCACCACUCAAAACGCCCCCAAAUUCUUUCCACCCUCGCGGAUCUCUUCAGCAACAGAUAUCUGAGAAAAGAGACGAUACAGGACCUUGACAGAGCGAUUGAGCUAUCCAGAGAGGCUGCAGAUGCAAAGUCUGAUAAUCACCCCUACAAAGAGAUAUACCUCGACAGACUGGCAAUGCAACUAAAUCUCAGAUCGUCAAUAUCUCGAACGGACCCUCGUCUCUGGAAGGAUUUGGAAGAGUCGAUACAACUGGAGAGAAAGGCGAUUGCUAUUACAGUGGGUAAUCGCCCUACCUGGUCCUUCAAGAACAACCUACAGGCUAUGCUUGUUAUUAAGUACGGCAUGACAAAAGACCAAGCAAUACUCGAUGAGUGUACACGACUACAAAAAGAAGCGCUCGACGAAGUCCCAGAAGGUCAUCAGUACCGCGCAGAAAUGCUCACUAGUUUGGGCUACCGUCUCAGAGAUAGUGCAAAGGAAAGCUCAAAUCUCGAAAAGGCUUCGGACUGUUUUCUCGAGGCGCUGCAAAACAAAAAUGCCCCUGCGAUAAGCCGUGUAAGGGCCGGUUCCGCUCUAUUACAGAGCUGUCCGGAUAAACAAAAAGCCUACCAGGCUGCGCAAGUCAUCACGGGUCUUCUACCUCAGUUGAUCACUAGAUCACAUGAGACUUCAGAUAAACAACAUGCUGCGGGCUCGAGAGCUGGUAUGACGUGCAGUGCCGCAGCAGCAGCUUUACAAGCAGAUAGGUCGGUCUUUGAAGCGCUGCAAGUACUUGAACUCGGGCGUGGUGUGCUUGCAAAGUACAGUGAGGAGAUGCUACUGGCCCCUUUGCAGUUGGAUCAGCUGUCGGCGGAACAAGCUGAGGCGUAUAUGCACCUUCGCGAUGAGCUGAAGGGGUCGAGCACUCCAGCCUUAGUCGACAUGGGUAAUUCAUUUCAGAGCCACAUUUCAGGACUAAACAAGCGCUAUGACCUAGCAAAAGAGCUAGAGGAGUUGAUCGUUGAGAUCCGAAAAUUACCUGGGUUUGAAGACCUUUGGACUGCUCCGACAGAGGCAGAAAUACUUGAUGCUGCGAAGUAUGGCCCAAUCGUCGUCAUCAAUGUGAGCCGUGCUCGAUGCGAUGCGCUCAUCAUUGAGAAACAUCAAAUACGAUCUUUGGUUCUUCCCAAUAUUACAAACGACCUCUACCAAUUUGCUCGCAAGGGCGACUUUGCUAGCUCAGAAGUUCUAGAAUGGAUGUGGCACAAUAUCACCCAGCCAGUAUUGGAUGCUCUUGGCUAUUCUCAAUCUCCUGGGGAGGGUGCAUGGCCGCAUGUCUGGUGGAUUCCUACAGCCUUGUUGACUCUUUUCCCGCUGCAUGCGGCAGGAUAUCAUCCAAAAGAGUCAUCUGAGACUGUCCUUGAUAGAGUAGUCUCUUCUUACUCCUCAUCCAUCAGGGCCAUCAUGCGCGGUCGCCAGAAAGACCUUUCAACAUCGUUCUCUAGCAAGGCUAUACCGCGAGCUUUGCUUGUCGGAAUGCAGAAUACUCCAGAAAGCGGAUCGUUACCGUAUGCCACCAAGGAGAUAGACAUUAUCCAGAAGCUAUGUAAAUCAGCUGGCCUAGAGACCAUUCAACCCAUACAAUGCAAAGAAGAGGUGUCCAAGUGUCUGUUGGAUUGCACUGUAUUUCACUUCGCAGGUCACGGCUACACCGAUGAAGAUGACCCCUCUAACAGUCAUUUACGUUUAAGAGACUGGAAAGACGACCCAUUCCGCGUCGCUGACUUACAGCAAAUGAAUCUUCGCGAGCAAGUACCGUUCCUCGCAUAUCUCUCUGCCUGUGGCACCGGACAGAUGAAGCGUCAUAACCUGGUCGAUAAGAGUAUCCAUCUGAUCAGCGCAUACCAACUAGCUGGCUUUCGUCAUGUCAUCGGCACACUGUGGAAGGUUAGUGAUCAAUGCUGCGUGGAUAUAGCUAGGACUACAUAUGAGACCAUGGGGGACUUGGGGUUUAGUGAUGAGAGUGUGAGUUGGGGAUUGCAUCAGGCUUCCAGGGAGCUGAGAGACAAAUGGGUCAAGGAGCAGAAACAGGGGAAACUUUCUGCGGCAAGACGAGAUCCAGUGUCAAAGGAUGAUAGUGGUGACGGUGUUGAAGACAAGAAGGAUUGUAAGGAUGAGAAUGGAAGGGAUAUCGUGAGUGUAGAGGAGGAACCUGAAGUUGGCGAGCAGCUGCAGUGGGCUCCUUAUGUUCACUUUGGUGUGUGA